UCAGGAAUCGGAGAAUGUUCUAUAGUGGGAUUGGCUGUUAUUAACGAACAUGACCGAUUUAACACGACAAAUGUGACUAAAAUGGCUGCAGUUUUCGGAGGAAGAUUUACUUCAUGCUUCUUUAACGUCUGUGGCUUGAGAAGUGGAAAAUUUGUAACAUCCUUGAGUGUAGGUGUUCAUGAAGUGCUGCAAGUCCGUAACUAUGCUGCAAGGAAGGGAACAAGAGAGAAAGCAAGAAAGAAAAAGAAGGCCAAGGUUGAAGUAAAGAAAGUAGGAUUUAUACCACAUAAUUUGCGAGGAAAAAAAGCUGCUCCAGUCAUUACAAGAAGAAUCGAUGAUAGUUUGAAACCAGUUUCUCCAGACAAUGUGUGGUUGUCCAAAUUUUAUCAAUGGCCACUCUACAGCUUUUCAGAUGCUGUUCAUUGUCAUCGUGAAACACAUCAUCCAACUGUGUACAACAGUCCUAAUGAAAAACUUUAUGUUAACUUAGAACUCAACAUGCGAGCUGCUAAGGAGAACCGAUAUUUGGAUGAGUUUACUCGAACUAUUUCUUUACCUCAUCCUUUUGAUGCGGACAAGGCAAAAUCAGUUUUAGUUUUCUGCAAAUCAACAGAACUCCAAAAGAAGGCCCUGAUAGCUGGUGCUACAGUUGCAGGGGACAUAGAACUCAUCAAGAAUGUUCAGAAUGGUGAGUUGAGUCUCAAGGAUUUCAACUUUGUUGUUGCACACCCAGAUAUACUACCUGAACUUGUCUUAGUUCGAGGGCUGUUGAAGCGGAAGUUUCCAAACCAAAAGUCAGGGACUUUGGGCACUGACAUACCUGCUAUGGUGUCAAGAUUCUGCUCUGGUAUUGAAUACACUGCCAAGGCGGACCAAUAUCUUAAGGACUUUGGAUGGAUUUUUACAUCUAUUGGGAAGCUUGAUAUGGAUACAGACCACUUGGAAGAAAAUUUCUCUGUCUUGCUGAAAGAUGUGUACUCUAUGAAACCAAAUCGAGUAGGUCCAUUCAUUACAAAGUGUUGUCUAGUUUCUUUGCCAUCUCCAGAGAGGUUAAAAGUAGACUAUAACCUGUACAUAGAUGAAGAUGACAAUGAGAAACAGGAAGAAAAGGAAGAAGAUGAGGAGGAAGAGGAUGAAACUGGUGAAGCAGAAGUAAAGUCUUCAGUAGUUGUGUAAUAUUUCAUGUCUUUAAAGACAGUGUUUUAGUAUGAAUUUUAUGUAAGAUAUAAACAUUCUUUGUAUUUAUAAUUGGUAAGUAAAUAUUGAUGUUCCAUUUUGCCAUUUAUUGGAAGCAAAACAGUUUGUUUGUAUGCUUAUUUUUAUAUUCUAAUACACUACACAGUAUGCAAAGUU